AUGGGCUCACCAAUCUCACCAGCCAUUGCCAACAUAUUCAUGAAGCACCUAGAGAAACGCAUCUUGAAAGAAGCCCCUCUAAAACCAUCUGAGUGGUUCCGAUAUGUGGAUGACACGUUUGUGGUAUGGCCCAAUGAUCACGACACUCUCCCUUCUUUCCUCGAAUUCGUAAAUAACAUACACCCAAAUAUCAAGUUCACCAUGGAAAUAGAAAGCAACAAAUCCCUACCCUUUCUUGAUGUAUUGGUUACAAGGAAACCAGAUGGCAGUCUAGGACAUCAGGUCUACAGGAAACCGACCCACACGGACAGAUAUCUCAACGCCUCCACACACCACCACCCUGCACAUAAGGAUUCGGUCAUCAGAUCCUUGGUCAACUGCGCUCUGAAGAUCUGCGAUACCAACAACUUGCAAGCGGAACUUGACCACGUGAAGCACGCAUUAAUACGCAACGGCUUCUCAGGAAGCAGGGUUCAACGUACUAUUAAUAAACUCCAUCACAGUACACCUCCUGCUCAUGACCAAACUGACGAGCCGAACAACAGCAUUGCUAAAUGCUUGAAAAGGGAAGGCAUCAAAACCAUCUUUCAGACGGAGACAAAAAUAGGACAGGUCCUCACCUCCCCCAAAGAUCAACAACUGCGCCUAUCUCAUGCGGGAAUAUACAGAAUCCCCUGUUCAUGCGGUAAAGUAUACAUCGGGGAAACCGGGAGGAGCGUGAGUACAUGCCUCAUCGAAAACGAUCGUUGCACCAGACUAAAGUACACCCAGUCUGCGGUCGCAAGACAUCAACAUCAGUUGACCACGGGACACACGAUCAAGUUCGAAGAGACGAAGAUCUUGUCCAGAGGCAAAAAUUACGUUCCACGAAAGUAUAGGGAAUCUAUUGAAAUCCUGAAACACCCAAACAACAUCAACAGGGACACAGGAUAUCAACUGAAUCCCAUUUGGCACUCCCUCCUCCCGUUUUUUUUUUUAAUUGUUCAGCUGACCAAUUAA